AUGAACUUUAUUCUCAAAAACUUGAAGAAACCACCUAGGAGGAGAAGGAGGAGGAAGACGGACGCGCCAGGGGCGGACCGGGGGAGGUCAACACCGGUAGCUCAACUACCGGCGGCGACUUUUCCCGUUGCACCCCCCAAGCCCCAGUCAACACCAGUGAGGCCAGCUGUUCCAGCUCUGCAGGAUCCAGUUGACGACUCGCCAGUGGCGGACACGGUCUUUAACCAGGCCCUGAUGGAAUCGCCACCCACAACUCCGACAACUUCUACCCCCGGGAUUCCAGCGAUGCCACCCCCACCCAGGAAGAGUGGCGCUGUAGAGUCCCAGGCCCGUCUUGUGGUCGUUGGAAAACGAAAGGCGAUUGUGUCACCAGGCGACCAACCAGCCAAGCCAAGCCCGCCGACACAACCGCCCCCACCUACUUCAUCUCCAGCGAUUGACCAGCCCUCUGAACAACCUUGGUCACUGCAGGCCGGCAAGCUACCAACACGCUACGCGAGGCUGGUGAAGACCAACAUUGGGGAUGUCCGUCAGCUCCUCUGUGAACCGAGCCCGGAGUCGUACCAACCUCUGCCAUGA